AUGCCUAGCCCGGCAGGCUGGGAUAUUACAUUAAUGGAGGACGGAUCUUUUAGUGCGCGGAUGUCUGCAGCUUCUAGGCUGUAUAGCUCUUUUGGGAUAGAUUCCUGCUGCAUGGUAUGUCAAAGAGAAAAGCGAACGCAUCCCUCUCAAGCUUGUCAUAGCUUUGCCCUAUGGCUCGGAUUAGGUCUUCUCUGCUUGCUCCAGAGAGUCAAGCGCACCCGAUGCAGGGAGCCUCUUGAAUCUUCCUGGGGCAAUUCGGCCAAUUAUACCUUUGGUAUCAGUAUCCCUAAAGACCCGCACGAUGUUACUUUCAUUUAUCUGGUCCUCGGUGAUAUUCCUGGCUCGUGGUGAGGACUAGGAACGAGAUGAGGGAUUUACUGGGUUUAGCCUCUACUUUGAUGCGUCCAGCAAAAGCAUUAACUCCUUAUAAACUUCGAAACCCA